CGGCCCCGGACCCCCGCCCCUCCUGUGUUUGUCACCGACAGCGCGGCAAAGAGACAGCGAGAGACUGCGAGAGACAGCAGAGGGCAAGGGAGCAGACAGCGGGCGAGUCAUAGAGGAGGAGGCCAGAGAGACAGCCAGGGAGGGUCCGGAGAGACUGUCACACGCCAGCACUUCCCGAUCCACACACCCACAUUAACCGGCAACAUGAAUCCCAGCUGUGCCCGCUGCGGCAAGAUCGUCUACCCGACUGAGAAAGUCAACUGCCUGGACAAGUUUUGGCAUAAAGCAUGCUUCCACUGCGAGACUUGCAAGAUGACCCUAAAUAUGAAGAACUACAAGGGAUACGACAAGAAGCCAUACUGUAGCGCGCAUUAUCCCAAGCAGUCUUUCACUAUGGUAGCCGAUACUCCAGAAAAUCUCCGCUUGAAGCAGCAAAGUGAGCUUCAGAGCCAGAUUCGUUACAAGGAAGACUUUGAAAAGAAUAAAGGCAAGGGAUUCAGUGUUGUGGCUGAUACUCCUGAGCUGCAGAGAAUUAAGAAGACGCAAGAUCAGAUUAGUAAUAUUAAAUAUCAUGAAGAUUUUGAGAAGAGCCGAAUGGGCAAUCCAUCCAUUGAAGGAGGGGAACUAGAGCGCAGAAGUUCAGAAGAUGGUACCAAUUACCGCCGACCACCCUCGGAGAGUAUGCCACCCCAUCAGCCCAUGGCCAGUAGCUCAGCUUAUCAACAUCAGAGGCAGCAACAACAGCAACCCAAAUACGGUUACCAAGAACCAGCAGCCCCAGUGCCAACCCAGCACACUGCCCCAGCAGGGGGGAAGCGCUUCAGAGCUGUGUAUGAUUACAAUGCUGCAGAUGAAGAUGAGGUGUCUUUCCAGGAUGGCGAUACUAUUAUCAAUGUUCAGCAGAUUGAUGACGGAUGGAUGUACGGAACUGUGGAGCGCACAGGGGACACUGGCAUGCUUCCUGCCAACUAUGUGGAAGCCAUAUGAUCGGGAGAACUCACCUCAUCUCUCUUUCUUACACAAUCAUGAAGCAUUCCAGUGCAGCCCUCUCCCAGCAUUGUGAAGGGUGGGCUCCACCUCUCCCUCUAUUUCAGCAUUCUCUCUUAAACCCUCUCUGCUACCCUCUGGUGGCAGAAGAAAAAUUACCUCUUGCUUAAUCUUUUAGUCACUAGAGGGACAGCAUAGGGGAGAUGUCACCCUCUUUAUCCUCCCACACUCUGAACCCUGCCCUUUUUAUGUCUGAUUGACCUGUCUAUGCGCUUUGCACUGGUAUAUCAUUUUUUUUUAAAUAGGUUUUCAGGAGCGGGAUGUGGUAGUUUUUUGUUUUGUUUGUUUUCUUUUUCUUUCCUUUUCUGUCAGUAUACAUAUUGCAGGAAUAUGAAUUCCGAGUUGGUUGAGAGCACUGCUCGCUCCUUUAAAUUUAAAAUGUGGUUUACAAAUCUAAAACUGUUCCUUAUAUUGUUUGGGAUAAACUUUUGACAUCCUAAUUUAGAACCUAUGAUAUGGAAACAUUGCAAGGAUAUGUGGUGCUUGUCAUUGAAUUUUCUCGAAUUGAUUUUGGCCGUAUGGGUCAUCCUGCUGUUUUUUCCCCACAUCGUACUUUAAUCUCCAUCUAACAAACCACACUAGAGUAUGUUCACAUUAACAGUCAUUUGAAGCCCGCUGUCUGCUUCCCUGGCACAGUGAGCAUUCAGAAGUGGCUUAAAUUGUGGUGUUAGUUAUUGCAGUGGGCAGUGCCCUAAUUUCUGUCUACAAUCCUUCCAAAGCAGCAGCCACUACGGUUAAUAACGCCGCACCUCGCCAGAAAUGUGCUAUUCUAUUUCUUAGUCAGAUGCCGUAAUCAAAUAUAUAUAUAUAUAUAUUAGUGUAGUUGAUUAGUAACAGCUUGAAAGAUUUAAUUAUAAUAUUUUUACAUUAAAGACUAUUUGUUUCAGGGUUUUUGUUUUUUUGCCCCCCCCCUCCCCCCCAAUUUGGUAUAUUUUAUAAAUAUAUAUAUUUUUUCUUUAUUUUUGUUUUUCUUUCCAUUUUGUUAUACAGGUUGAGUAUCCCUUAUCCAAAAUGCUUGGGACCAGAGGUAUUUUGGAUAUCGGAUUUUUCCGUAUUUUGAAAUAAUUGUAUACCAUAAUGAGAUAUCAUGACGAUAGGACCCAAGUCUAAGCACAGAACGCAUUUAUGUUUCAUAUAUACCUUAUACACACAGCCUGCAGGUCAUUUUAGACAAUAUUUUUUAUAACUUUGUGCAUUAAACAAAGUGUGUGUAUAUUCACACAAUUCAUUUAUGUUUCAUAUACACCUUAUACACACAGCCUGUAGGUCAUUUAAUACAAUAUUUUUAAUAAUUUUGUGUAUUAAACAAAGUUUGUGUACAUUGAGCUAUCAAAAAACAAAGGUUUCACUAUCUCACUCUCACUCAAAAAAAGUCCGUAUUUCGGAAUAUUCCGUAUUUCGGAAUAUUUGGAUAUGGGAUACUCAACCUGUAUAGAUAAAAAAGUCUCCACAGAGUUUGUGGGAUUUAAAGCAAAUAGAGAGCAGGCAAAAAGGGACUGGUUUCAUGCAUUGAUUAAACAAAUUUUUAGCCCCCAAUAUGUCCAACUAUCCCUCCAUGCCAAUUCCUAUGUAUGGCCUAUAAGAUAGUAGUGCGAGAAGAGAUUUAUCUUGACACUUGAGGGGAGACUCAAUUGUUUGAAAAGUCAGUUGGGUGUCUGUUUUUUCCUAUCUAAUAGACAGGAAAAAAACAGACACCCAACCGACUUUUCAAACAUUUGAAUUGCCCCCUUGGAGUCAGCAUUGUGUUCUAGUGACUGAGAUCAGAGAGAUGCAUUCGUAAUUCAAAUGUUUGAAAAGUCGGUCACUGUGCUAAGCAGGUGUCGUCUGCCACAUUUCCCCAUGUGAGAGCAUUGAAAAACUUCUAAACUCUAUUCAUAAAUUUCAUGUGUCACUGAAUUUAUCACGUACAAAUCCCUUCUGCAUAUUAUAAGUUGUGAUAUUUCCUUAAGAAGAGGUGCGGCAGUCUCCUGGUGCCAAUUUGUGGCUGACAUUCAACCAAAUGCAUCGUGAGCCAAAUUUCUGCUGCCUUGUCAUGUAACUGCCUUAUUUGCUGUAGCCUAUUUCCCUCAUGCACGGACGGGUUGUUUCUUCAGUGCUCAUUCUGCACGUUCGCCUUCAUUCUUGUAGCAAGGAAAGGUUGGUGGUUUCCCAUCUACUGAGCUCUAGAGGGGCAGUGAUUUGUAAUGUUGGGGACCAAGCACAAAUAAUUUCAGUAUUCCUGAUGUCACUUUUAAAGCACAAUUGGUAAAGCAAAAGUAACUGGAACUCAAUGUGAAUAUUUGGUGAGGGGAUAGGUAAUUCCACAAAACUCUAAAAAUACUUGAUGCAUUCCUUUAGAAGGCAAUGUAACACUGUUACGGUCAGACUGGAUAACGCAACAAGGCCCUGCGUGUGCUGUGAAGAGUUUGUACUCCUGCAGACAUGCCACCACACUGUAAAUAUAGCUAUAUUGGCAAAAGUGGGAUGUUUUUUUUUUUUCUGUGUUUGUUUGUGCGUUUCCUCCCCCACCAAGGACCAAGUGAAAAUCAAAUCCUAAUCUUUUCUCUGCUAAUGAAGAGAUUACAUUUUAUUCCACAAUCCUCCUAACUGGACCAAACUACAAAUUUUCUGUUCUUCCUCUUCAAUCAAUGCACUUUCCCUCAUACCCAGUGCGGAACAGGGGAGAGCAACCAUGGUGUCCCCCCAAAUGACACUCCCUCCGCAGCCUUACUGUCUUGUGUAUGUGUCAAUCAUACUUUAUCCCCCUUCUUUUUUAGUUUUUAUUUUGUAUUAUUACACCCCCAGCUGGGAAGCCUUUGUAUCAAAUUGCUUGGGCCUAUAAUCAUUUAAAAAUAAAUCAAUCAUGCAGCCACCAAGAAAGCUUUUUCGGUUUACUUAAAUUGAAAAUAAAAGUAUCAUUUUUA